AUGUUCCCGCCGCCACCACAUCUUUUUGUGGACUCAAGCGGUGGUCAACGCUUUCUGGUGAGGCGUAUUUUGAGCCACCGCGACGUGAGUGGCGUCCAGACGGGUUACCUCGUCCGCUGGCGUGGCUAUCCACCGGCCUGGGACAGCUGGGAGCCCCGUACCCAGCUGAUUGGUGAUGUCCUUGGUCCCGUCGAGCAGUGCGACGAGACCCACCCGCUGCGUUCGAAGAAGGGCCGUCGGAAAACGACCUCCCCGAACGCGAGUACAGAGAUUGCAAAGUGUGAAUCCCUUCAGCCAUCUCAGAAGAGAUGCAAGCCCUCCAGUAAGAAUCAUUAG